GGAUAGUCGGGAUAGUCUGCUUGAUUUUUUAUUCUCCUAUUCUUGGUUUAUUAACAUCAAAAUGGUUAACAAAACGGAAUCGAACGAACGUGAAGUAAGUGACAAAAAGCGUAGAAAAACAUCUGCAAAUGAAUCCUCAUCACCGCCUAAACUCUCGAAGGAAGAUCUGUACCUGAACACAAUUGCUUUUGAGGAAAAAGAAGCGGCGAAACGAUCACCAGAUAAAGAUGCACAAUUAUUUCAUAGUACAUGUGAUGAAUUAAGAAAACUUUUCGAUGAAAUAGCUCUGUUAAAAAAAGAUAAUUCUGAUGAGUCGAAAGCAAAAAUGGCUGAAAAAAGAAUCGAAGGCUCGCUUGCAUUUGUCACUUUGAAAAAGUUAAAUCGGUUAGAUAAAGUUCGAAUUCGUGACGGUAAAGAAGCACUGCACAAGGAAAAGCUGAGAGUUGAUAGCAACCGACUGCAGUUGCAAAAUUUGCUAUACGAGGCGGAACACUUGAGAAAAGAAGUGCAGCGAUGCUACCUCUUCAAGAGUCAGGAUGAAGAAAUUGAACUUGUUUCUGUUGACGAGUUCUACAGUGCAGCACCGGAGUCGAUUUCACGUCCUGAGAAGACGAAAACCGACGAACAUGCACGCCGGAUCGCAAGACUUGAAUGGGAAUUACACCAACGAAAGGAACUGGAUGCUCUAUGCAAAGAAUUACAUGCUUCGAAGGCAAAAGUGGCGGAAGAGAUCAUAUCCAAGACGGAACGGUUAGAUUCAUUAGCUCCCAGACUUAAGGACUUAUUGGCAGCGACACGUCCGUUGCAGGAAGCCUUAGAUAUGCCCAUUGAGAAGGGUUGGGAAAUUCAGAAGACGGUUCGAUUACUUGUACAACCGUUGUACAUGAUGUACGCAAACGUUUCAGCAUACGGAGAAGCUUGUGAUCAAUAUCUCUCAACGUCUGUUCAGGGUGAUGAAGACGAAGCUCGACAAGUGGAGUUAACUGGCAAUCUAGACUGUGAUUCUGAUGAAGAUGCGGAAACAGAUCGAGAAACGAGGGGAAGUUACAAUCGUCGAAAGUCGAGCAAACAGCAGGAUCCUAUGAAACAGAAACGCAAAGCUUUAAUCAAGCCACAUCCCCUCAGCGUAACCGUUACGAUCAAAAGUAAGGAAGGCAAACAGUCCCUAGCGCUUAUGUUCCAGUAUCUUCCGAAUGCAGGCUUCGUAACAGUGAAGUGCUCGUUAAUCAACUUUGAAGUAGCAGGAGUGGCUGCCGGUGAUGUUAUGUCGCAAGAAAACAUACUAAACGAGUUGUUCCCUGAUGAUAACGGAGAAUGUAGCCCAAAUCCAAAAACUAAAUUUCAACUGCAGGAAGUUGGAAUAAGUAUGGACAAAUUUUUACCAAUGUUGAAGGAAAAGGAUCUUGGAAAGCCAUAUAAAUGGGCACAAGAGUUGUGCGGAAUAGAGUUUGUUGAUUCAGGAGAAAAAUUUUUGGCUGCAAGUGACAAAUGGCAGAAGACAAUCCCAACGAUUAUUAAAGCAAUUCGUACCCGAUGGGACGCGAGGCUUCGACUGUACCAACAGAUUCACGAGCUAGAAACUGGCACAUUGGAUAUGUCCAUCAACACCGAACAUAAUAAUCCAAUCCGUAUUUCCAGUACACUGGUUCAAUGGACUGCAAUAUCAUACGCAGAGUAUGUCGCAUCAAAUGUUGCAUCGAAAUUCGUCGAGCAAAACAAUAAUUUUAACGGAAAUGAGCUAUAUUUUCGUGCGAUCAUCACUCGUGGUUCAGCCAAGUUAGAAUGUUACAUUUGUGUUCCGUGUGAUUUCCCGGCCAGCUCAUCGUUGUGGUCUCUUUCGUUGAAUUGGAAUGGAAAACACUCGGCUGAGGAUAAUGCUGCGGUAAGGGAGAUGGAGUACUGGACCAACAGCUUACAGGCUCCAAAAUAUCCCAAAACGAUCCUGUCACUACAGUUGAAACGAGCCAUGUCGUGUUUUGACAUUUAUUUGGAAACUGAGGGACCAUUUUAUACACCAGCCGAGUUCACCCAGGACAAAACGUACCUCAAACCGUUCCGAGGUCGUACACGCUCACGCCCUUUUCGUAUUGCAUCUAACGGAAGCAGUUCAGUGUUUACGCAAAUUUAGACUCAGACUGAAGCAGGGCCGCUUUUACAUAGGAGCAGUGGGGGCAAGUGGCCCUGGCCCACGGUCUUAAGGGGCCCCGGACAGGAUCAACCGAGUAGAAAAAAAGACAUUCAGAAAGCUAGGGGUACACACAAAAAAUCUUGCCCCGGGGCCCAAUAAUACGUAAAAGCGGAGCUGGGCUGAAGAUAGGUUUUCAUUGCUCAUAAUACAGCAAAUUAAAUAUAAUUCCA